UAUCCACAAAACAGCUUUCACUAUCCAGUUUCUGAUUAACAGUUGAACCAUAUUCUUCCACAAAACUUUCCCUCCCCUUCUUCAACAAUCCAAAAAAAAAUUGACAGAAAAAAUGUCAGUAGCAUCAUCUUCUUCCUUCCCCUGCAUCAAAAUUCAAAACCCAUCUUCUUCUUCUACUUCCUAUAAUUUCAGAUUUUCUACUACACUUACCAUUAGGAGUUCUCAAGCUGAUGGCCCUUUAAGAAGACCUAUGGUACAACCCCCUACCCCUGUGAAACCUACCCCACCAUCACCACCUUCACCUUCAUCUUCUUCGCCUCCGCCUAGUGCUCCGCCUAAGCAGGUUGCAGUGGAGGGCAAAAAUGUAAUUACAAUGGAAUUCCAGAGGCAAAAGGCUAAGGAGCUUCAGGAGUAUUUCAAGCAGAAGAAGCUUGAGGAAGCUAAUCAAGGUCCCUUCUUUGGGUUUAUUGGCAAGAAUGAAAUUUCUAAUGGCAGAUGGGCAAUGUUUGGUUUUGCUGUUGGGAUGUUAACAGAAUAUGCAACUGGUUCUGACUUUGUGGAUCAAGUUAAGAUCCUUCUCUCAAAUUUUGGGAUACUAGACUUGGAAUGAGGUUCCUCUAUAUCCACUAAAUCCUGCCAUAAGAUACUCUCCUUUGUAAUUUUCUGUAAAAGAAAUACAAUUGCUUCCUUUCAAAUUU